AUGGCUGCCAUGGCCUUCCCAGGUUUCCCGCAUCAGCCCGACAGCUACGUGCUUGAUGGAGGGUAUGCACAGGGGUACGAUGGCGAUCAUGGAAACGGGUCGUUCUAUGUCUCGCAGCAGCGUCAGGUGCAGCGCGAGGACGAGCACAAGCAGGACCUGGCGAGUGUUAAGGCCCGCAAGGCUGCGCGCUACGUUUUCCGCUCCCUGGAGGAUCUCCAGGCCACAAACCCCUCCGUGCGGGACGGACUGGACCCGGAUAAGGAGCGCAUCUGGCGGCGGCAAUACUGCAAGCUAAUCCAGGAUGCGGGCUUAGCUCUGAAAAUUCCCCAAUGGGGCGGGAUAGCGGGGGGCAUCACGCUGUGCCACCGGUUCUUCGCCAUCAAGUCCAUGAAGAAAAACGACCGCUUUCUCAUUGCUACGGCGUGUCUUUUCCUAGCCGCCAAGAUUGAGGAGAGCCCUAAAAUGCUCAAAAACGUGAUCAUGGAGAUGGAGCGGAUACGACAUUCCAAGAACCCGGGGGCGCUGCGCGCUCUGGAAGACCCGGUGAACUUUGAGCGACUUAGAGAGGAGGUAUUGCAGGCGGAGCGCGCGGUGCUUUACACGCUGGGGUUCGACCUUACCGUCGAGCAACCGUACAAGCCGCUCAUGGAAUGGUUUCGAGAGGAGCAGCGGCUUAUGGAUGUGCCGCACGACUCGCCGUACAAACCGCUGGUGCAGAACUCCCUCAACCUCAUUAACGACAGCCUGCGCACGACGCUGUGCCUGCAGUUUCCUCCCGCCAAGAUAGCCUGGGCGGCGCUGUGGAUGGCUGAUCUGAUGAACAUAGAUAACGGGACGCACUUCACCAAGUUGCCGCGUGGCAAUGCUUUCUUUGAGAAGUUCGAGAUCUCGCCUCAUGAUCUUACCGCCAUUUGCGACCAAAUGCUAUCAGAAUACGAGCACAGCAAGAUAGGUCGCAUGAUAGCGACCUCGGGUCAGUCGUUGCAGGCGCUCAAGGCCGAUCUGGAGUCAAAGCUUGGUCCCACUGGCCAGCCGGCGCCAGGCCGCAUGCUGCUGCCGGUGCCGGGGGCACCUGGGUUACCAGGGCUUGGGGCAGUGGCGUCAGGCGUCAAGUUGGAGGAGGAGGAGGGGGAGCUGAAGGAAUGAGGGUGGUCGUGGAGCGGCUAGAGUGAGGGGCUUGUGUCGCGUUUGUCAUGGCCCACCUAGGCAUCCUCGAAUGCUGAAUGUAGGAUUAGGGACGGCCAUGAAAGGGUUGAGCGUGUCUACGAGGGUUUGCGGGUGAUGGUUGUGGUG